UGACGUCAAUUUCGUGAGCUCUGAGUUGUGCAGGAGCUCCAGUCGUUUCAGUGUAUGUGUUUUAGUCAUAACCAAGCAGGCUUAUUUGCAUUUAGCCCUGUCUACACCGAGCUGGGCUGUCUGGACUAAUCUUUGUUACUAUUUGUCCUUGGAGAGCUGCUGUAAGAAGCGGUUUGCUGCUCAGUAAUGGCUAAUGAGCGGCUCAGAGCUCUGGAGGAGGUCGAAAAAGAGAUAGCGAUGAUCCUGCAGUGUGCCGGUAAUAUAGUUCUGGAACUCUCCAAAGACAAACAUAAUGCCAGCCUCCUGGACAGACAGCUUGUCCAAUUCCAAAGCUCUGUCACCCGAGUGGAGAGUGAACUGAGCACCCAGAUCCGCUACCUCACACAGGUAGCUACUGGUCAACCUCAUGAGGGCUCCACGUACUCUGCAAGGAAGGACUGUCAGAUGGCACUGAACCGAGCAGAGUACGCUAAGGUCAAACUGGGAGAACUGGGACGGACCUGUGAAGUCAUGCUGGAGCAGCAGCAGCAGCAGCAGCAGAUGCAGCAGCAGCAGAUGCAGCAGCAGCAGCUGCAGCAGCAGCAGCAGCAGACAUGAGAGCAAAGAUGGCUGAAGAGAAGCUGGCUGAGUUGGAACAUUUCACUGAGAUACCCAAUGUAUCCCGUACCUCAUUACAUAUUGAAAUCUUUAAUAAUAAUUUUUCAUUGUAAUUACAAUACUUGACUUUCACAAAACGGCAAAGAAAAAGUAGUAUAUGCUGUAUUGGCCCUUUUUAAGAUGCUUCUUAUACAACUGCCAAGAACUUUUUUCUUCUUUAUGUUUUGAGCUCUUGAGAAUGCAAAAAGUUACUUGCUAACAGUAUUUAGUUAAACAUGUCUGACAUUAUAUAUUUCAUAGCAUUUUUUACACAAGUUCAAGGUUACACCUUCCAUUUGACAGGUGGAAAACUUUUUCACAAAACGUAAAAAAGUAGUGUGACAACCUAUCUUAUGUUUGAAAUAAAAUAAAGACCCUUUUUUUACA